AUGACAGAGGCUCACAGACCUAAGGCUCUGAUGGACGCGCAGAGUGGGCCUCGCGGCGGCGGCUACUCCGCCGACUUUGGUCGAGGCGGUAGGGGAGGACGAGGCCGCGGAGGCCGUGGUUGGUCUCGCGAUGCUAGUAGGGAGCGAGGCAGAGAUCGUGAUAUCGAUUUUCGUGAACGGAGGGAUCCUCCGUACAGGGACGAACGAAGCCGCGAGCGAGAUCGGGAGAGGGACCGCGAGAGGGACCGAGAGCGGGACAGAGAUCGCGAUCGAGAGAGGGACAGAGACCGGGAGCGAGACCGCGACCGUGACUGGGAUAGGCGUGACCGCGACUCGUAUAGGGCUCGCCGGCCAUCCCCUGGUAGGGGAGGUCCCCACCACAGCGUGACUUUCGCGAUCGAGACCAACCGCCCCUCAAUGUUGACGCAGAGAGGGCGAGGCACGCCUCGCGUGAUGGAGGUCCUCUAUCCGCUGGAUCUUCCUCUUCGGAUCCGCCUUUUGGUGCGGCCCCUUUUAACCGAGGAGGAGGAUUCGGGCGUGGUCGGGUCGCGGACGCGGUGA